AUGUUCUUGGCUGCAUGGGUUGACUUAACCCAAUUCAAUAAAAUUUCAAACAUCCCAUCUUUUCGAUCAUCAAUUCUCAACCCAAGACGCCCACCACAUUACGACACAACCUUUGAUGAUCUGUAUAUUCCCAUAUCGUCAUUGCCUCCUCCAACACCUUCGUGUGAUGACGAACUUUGUAGUCGUAUCUACUACAUUCAUUCAGAAUCAGUUAAAAACCUUCAAUCACAAGCCAGUACAAAAGACAUUAGAAGAAGCAAAGUUCAGUCUUUUACAGCGUAUAUAUGGAAGCUAUUAGCUCAACAAGUCGAUGAUGAUGUAAACAAAACAUCUAGAGUGGGUGUUGUCGUUAGUGGACGACAUUUCCUGAGUGGAAAUAGUGAGGAAGAAUCGUAUAUGUUAAAGAACCAUUUUGGGAACAUAUUAUCUAUACCAUAUGGCGAGGAAAACAAUCGCCAACUCCAGGAAAUGGCACCUAAUGAAGUCGCAAAUAAGGUUCAUGAGUUUGUGAAGAAGACAACAAAUGAAGAACAUUUCAGGGGAUUGGUUGAUUGGGUAGAGUUGCAUAGGCCAGAGCCAGCAGUUGCAAGGGUUUAUUUCAAGCUAAAAGAGACUGAUGGGGAUGCAAUAGUUGUGUCGUCAGGACAAGGUUUACCGAUUAAAAAUAUGGACUUUGGAUUGGGAAAGCCAAUCUUUGGAUCUUACCAUUUCCCAUGGGGGGGUCAAACUGGAUAUAUAACUACAAUGCCGAGUGCGAGGCAUAAUGGAGAUUGGAUUGUCUACACGCAUCUCAAACAAAAACAUUUGGACCUCAUUGACCAUAAGGCAUCUCACAUCUUCAAGCCCUUAACUAAUUCCUAUUUACAUUUUCGUUGA